AUGUCGACGCGAUCGCGAACGAGUCGAGCGCCACGUGACCUGCCACCGCCGCUACCCCCAACACCGUCGCAUUUCAAGGCCGAGUCGAAUGCUGGGACCGGUAUGAAUGGGAAUGGGUCCAAGUCGCCGGUGUCGUCGCCGCCGCCGCCGGGGAAUAGACAGCCGCCGUGGUGGAGACUGUCGUCGUCAGAACGGGACGUGCUGCUCGUCAGUUUGCUCGUCAAGCUGCUGCUCUUUCCCGCCUAGUGAGUUCACAUUUACUUACGGGGGUCGAGAUUGGUUUUCAUUGACACGAGAUCUCGUCUCCAGCCGUUCGACGGACUUUGAAGUGCAUCGCAAUUGGUGAGGACCGCUCGUCGCCAGCUCGACGCGUCGUCGUCUGCCAUCCGAGGCUCAUGUCACGGUUCGUCUUGACAGGCUAGCGAUCACGCACUCUCUCCCACUCUCAAGAUGGUAUUACGAUGUACGUCGUCGCCUGACCCGUGGUUCGACGCGAUCGACGUGCGCUCGCUGACGACCACUGCGCUUCCCCCACUUCAGACCACCUCGAUCUGGACGCUCGACUAUCCCCCCUUUUUCGCCUACUUUGAGCGUGUCCUCGCCUUCUUCGCCUACAUCGUCGAUCCGAAAAUCGUACGGCUCGACAACCUCGAGUACGCCGCAUGGUCCGUCGUCGCGUUCCAGCGAACAACCGUCGUGCUCUCCGAGCUCGUUCUCGCCACCGCUUUGCUUAUGUCUGUGCCCCUGUGUCCUUUCUGGCCGAAUACACGUACACAAGUGCUAAUGACUGCUGACCGCUUAUGUCUGUACAUAGGUGGUCGAGACGGUCCAAAAAGCCCGAUCACACGACCGCGUUCCUCAUCGCCGCCUCGGUCCUCCUUCAUCCGGGGUUGAUCAUUGUCGAUCACAUCCAUUUCCAGGUUAGUAGGACCAGCCGAGAAAAAGCAUGUAUGUACACUAGCUGACCAGGGUUCUCGUCACUUGUUUAGUACAACGGUUUCUUGCUCGGGAUCCUUCUGUGGAGUGUCGUGGCAGCUCGCGAGGUCAGUUCUGGGGCCCCACCUGCCCCAUCUUUCGACGCGUCCGACGAUCCGCUCAACCAUGUGUGACACACUUUAUCUCGGUCUUGGUCUCGGCCUUACAACAGGACAAUCUUUACCUUUCUGCAGCUCUUUUCGCCGCACUGCUCAAUUUCAAGCACAUUUUCAUCUACCUCGCCCCACCUUACUUUGUGUUCCUGCUGCGGAGACAUUGCUUCUCGAGCGGUCGUCAGUUGCCCCCCCCCCCCGUUGCGAACGCGCAAGAACAUCAAGGAACUGACUCAGAUACUGCGCUCUUAUAGGUUUCCUCUCUGAUCGGCUGGUCGAACUUGGCGCUCUCGUCACCGCCGUCUUUGCCGUCGCGUUUGGCCCCUUCCUCCUCGCCGGAGGUCCUUCUGCGAUCCGACAAAUCCUUUCUCGACUAUUCCCCUUCCAGCGCGGCUUGAACCACGCCUACUGGGCGGGGAAUGUAUGGGCGAUCGUAUCGACCGUCGAUCGAGUGCUCGUCAAGUACUUGCUGAAGAGGGGCUGGCCCAUCUCUCCCGACGCCAUUACCUCAGCGUCUCGAGGGAUCGUCGGCAAGACGACCUUCGGUGUUCUGCCGACCGUGACGCCAGGCCUAUGCUUCACGAUCACCUUGAGUUUCUCGAUGAUCUAUUUGGCCAAGCUGUGGGUCGAUCCGACGUACAAGCGCUUCUUGGACUCGCUUGUGCUGUCGGCGUUUACGAGCUUCUUGUGGGGGUGGCAUGUGCACGAGAAGGCCGUGCUGUUGUUCUUGGUCCCCUUGAGGUGGGUGAAAUAGCUCGUUGCACAACGCCUUGGUUCUACCAGAAGCUGAAGCGUAAUAUCGCAUUCCUCAGUUUGACAGCGGCCGAGGACGAACACCACCUGCGAACGUUCAUCGUUGCGACCACAGCCGGCGUCUACUCCCUGUUCCCGCUCCUGAUCAAACCCAACGAAACGCCCGUCAAGGUCCUCUACUCAUUGCUCUGGGCUGCGAUCGUCUUCCCCGCCGUCCGCAAGGUCGUGUACCGACCUUUGCCCAACCUCAUGUCCGUCUUGAUCAACUAUGGCGAGUUGUUGUACCUCGCUGGCUUUGCCGUGCUGCACCUUUGUAAGUUGCCUAUUCACACUCUUUCCUGCAUGAAAGAUCCCUGGCUGAUCGCGACACAUUCGGGUCCACGCCGCAGACACCGAGGUCCUUCACGGCAUCCUCUUCAGCACUCCUUCAGCCUCUUCCGCUGCCGCCCAAAUCGUCACCUCUCUCCCGACCCACAUCGUGAACGGUACCGCGAUGCUCUGCGGAUCCCCGGGCGGACCAGCGUGCGCCGCCGAACCACUCGCCAAAGUCGCGGCCGAAUCAACGAUGGAGUUCCUGCCUCUGAUGCUGACGAGUCUCUAUUGCAGUGUGGGAAUCAUUUGGGCCUGGUUGAGGUUGAGCGUGAUCUACUUGUGGACGUGA